UGGGUGAUUGCUGCCUCGGGUGGUGAUUGCUGCCUCGGUGGGUGAUUGCUGCCUCGGUGGGUGAUUGCUUCCUCGGUGGGUGAUUGCUGCCUCGGUGGGUGAUUGCUGCCUCGGUGGGUGAUUGCUGCCUCGGUGGGUGAUUGCUGCCUCGGUGGGUGAUUGCUGGCUCGGUGGGUGAUUGCUGCCGCGGUGGGUGAUUGCUGCCUCGGUGGGUGAUUGCUGCCUCGGUGGGUGAUUGCUGCCUCGGUGGGUGAUUGCUGCUCGGUGGGUGAUUGCUGCCUCGGUGGGUGAUUGCUGCCUCGGUGGGUGAUUGCUGCCUCGGUGGGUUAUUGCUGCCUUGGUGGGUGAUUGCUGCCUCGGUGGGUGAUUGCUGCCUCGAUGGGUGGUUGCUGCCUCGGUGGGUGAUUGCUGCCUCGGUGGGUGAUUGCUGCCUCGGU